AUGGAGUUGAAAAAAUUCUAAGUUUUAGAAGCCGAGUCAUUUAAAGUUUCUAACCUAAAUCAGGAAAUAAAUUUUAACAAGAUAAGCACUUUUUAUGUAUAAUAAUCAGGAAAAAUAAUUGAUACUGAAAAUAUGAUUAUUUUAAACACUUAAUAAGAGGAUGAUACUAUAUUCAUUGGUUAAAUUUAUACAGAUGAUACAUAAUUACACAUAUUCUAAUCAGUAAAUGGAGUUUAUUGGUAUAAAAACUUACUAAAUAUGCCUUUUUAAGUAUUAAAUUUCACUUAAAGUUAAAUUCUUUAAGAUCUUUAUUUUGAAGAAGAAUAAAAUUUAAUAGCAUUACAUGACAGCAGUUGCUAAUGUGUUUAGAUUUAUGAUAUUAUAAAAAGCAUUAAAUUGGUCAGCUAAGUAAAUUUUAAUGCUAAGUUCGAUUUAACAAUCAAGUUAGUUGAUUGGAAUAAUCUUAGUUUUAUAUACGUGAGUGGUUCAACUAUUUAUCUAUAUUAUCAAAAUAAUAAUAAUAAUAUUAUGAAUGAAUAAAUUGGUUUACUAGACUCAAAUAUCAUUGAAUACUAAUAUUGUUUUGAACAGUAGAUUUUUGUUGCUAUGACUUCGUAAUAAAAUCUAUAUAUAAUUAAAAUUUAAGAAAAAGCUUCAUUAAAAGUAGAAACGCCAUUUUUUAAGAUAAAUGAUUAGAUUGUUUUAUAUCUUAAAUUUGUUUUGAAAUGUAGUGAAAACAUAUUAAUAAUUUAUUCUCCUGUUGUUAAAAUUAUUAAUUUACUUACUGCAAAAGAUUAAGAACUAUUUUAAAAGUUUAAUUAGCUAUAAUACCCAAACUAUUCAUAAAAUAUACCAAUUGUUAAUGUAAAAGAGUAGCUAAUCAUAUGUCUAUUUAGCAUUUAAACAAACUAUUUUUAAAGAAAUGACCUUUAAGGAUUCUUAGGAUAUUUUGAUUAUAGAGAAAAUAAUACAAAUAUCUACUAUGAUUUAUAACAGAAAGCUUUUAUAGGAUUGACUGGAGUUACAAAAAAAUUAACUAUUAUGACUAUUCCAGGUGAUUAAAAUUUAUUCACUUAUUAUACGGUCAACUCAUUUUUACAAGAAGCAACAUACUAUUUUGAAGAUAAAACAAGUAUAAUAUUAAUUGAUACUACUCCUAUUAUAUACUUAUGUAACUAUGUAACAAGAAACAUAACAACAUUUAAUACAAUUGUUCAAGAUACAUAAGGUGAUAUAUCAAAUGCGUUAAUCUGUAGUAAUUAUAUUAUCCUUCCAAGUAAUAACUAUAUAUAAAUAUACAAUUUUAAAUCUAACUAGAUAGAGAGUAUUACUUUACCUAAUGAAGGUAAAAUAAAAUUAGCUUUUAAAUUAUAGGUAAAGUAAAUUAAUUCAUAUGAAAAUAAUUGGUGGAAAAUUCCUUUUGAAGACAAUAAAAGAUUUAACACAUAUGAUUGGGUUAAUGAGGAAAAUAUAACAAAAGAUAUUUUUAUAUUGCAAAAGUAAGGCAAUUAAAAUACAUUAUUAAUUUUAGAUUUACUUAAGAUGGAAUUCACUUACAAAAAAAAUAUAGAUAAUUGUAAUGAGGCAACUACUAAUAUAUUUAGCUAUACUUUAGAUUUUAUUACUUCAAUUAAAAAUCCUUGCAUGAAAUAAGCAAUUAUUUCUUUCGAUUAAAAUUUUGUAUAUUCUGUUUGCCCAAAUGAUAUUACUGUCACGAUUAUAUCAACUAUUUAAUAAAUUUAACUCUAAUACUCAACAGAUAAUAGUGUUAUUGAAAUAAAAGAAUAAAAUAUUAAUUAAGUUUACCAUCUAAGUGAUUCUGCUAUUUUAAAGGAUAUUAAGAUAUUUGAUUGUGUAAACACAAUAUUUUCUUUUAAAACUAACAACUUUGAAGUUUCACAAAUCAGUAUUGAUCUUCUUUAAGUUUCAUAAACUAUUUUCACUAUUCAAGCUAGUUAAAUUAAUAUUAGUAAUUUAAAUAUUACAGAUACAAAAUAUUUGUUUUCCAAAUCUGAUAUUAGUUUUAUAAAUAUAAUAAGUUUUAAUAACUCAUAAAUAGAAAAUAUCAAUUAAAAUAGCAAUUAAAUAUAGUUCCUUUCUAUGAAUCAAUAAAAUAGUGAAGGAUAUGCUCUUAUUUCUAAAGCUAAAUUUAUGAAUUCUUCUAUUCUUAAUAAUAAUCCCUUAAUCCUUUUUAAUUAAUUGUCUAAUGUCAAGUUAAUUAAUGUACAAAUAAAAGAUGUAGUUUAUAUAAAUAGCUAAUAUACUUCUAUAUUUACGAUAUAAGAUUGCAAUUUAGUUACUAUUUCUGAGAGCCAUUUUACAAACAACACAAAUAGAAAUGGUCCAGGAGGUGUUAUUUAUGCACUUGAUAACAUAUAGAUAAUUAUAUAAAAUUCCAUUUUUUGGCUUAAUACUUGUAAGUUAUAAAAUGGUGGAGCUAUUAAUAUGAUUAACAAUUUUAGACAAGGAGUUUUAAAAAUAAACUAAACUCAGCUUAUAGAUAAUAAAUCAUAUUAUUCUUUAGGUGGUUCAAUUUAUCUUUAAAAUAAUAACUUGAUCAUGUAAAAUUCAGUAAUAGCUUCAAAUUAAGCAUAAAUUGGAGGAGGAAUAUAUUAUGGUCAGGUUAUGCCAGAUUUUUUAAUUGAACUGUUAUAAGGCAAUAAAAAUAAUAAUACUUUUAAAGACAAUCUAGCGUAUAUUUAUGGAUAGAAUUUUGGUUCUACUUUAAGGAAAGUAUCUAUUAAUUUAGAAAACAUAAAAAUUCCUAAAAAUAGUUUAAAGUUAUAUGAAAAUAAUGUUAUAUUUAUAAAAAAAUUUAAAAGUGGAGAUUAAAUAAAUUUUGAACAGAUAUAAUUGCUUGACGAAGAAAAUAAUCCAAUAAAAUCUAUAGAUGUUAACUCAACUGAUUUUUAUUUAUUAAAUAGUGAUGUUUAAAUUUUAGUGCAAUAAAUAAGUGUUUCUGUAUAAUGGAAUUAAGAAAAUAAAGAAAUACAAUGUAUUGGAUAACUUUAAACAAAAUAAUUUACAAACGGGGGAUUUAACUUAGAUGUUCAGAUUUUUUACAAACCUAUUUCUGAGUUGGUAUUAAAAAUAUAGAGUAAUUCCUUUCCUUCACUAAUAGAUUCUAAUGGAAAUAUUGUUGUAAAUUAAGGUUAAAUAGAAUUAAUAUUGAAAAUAGAAUUAGAGUAGUGUUCAAUAGGAUAAAUAUUUAAAUAAUAUGGUAGUUCAAUAGCAUGUGAAACAUGCCCUGAUGGUAAAUAUUCUUUAAGUUUAAAUGAUAAAGAGUGUAGAUAAUGUCCUGAUUCAGCUAUUUAAUGCAUAGGUUCUAAUAUCUAAUUAAAAAAUGAAUAUUGGAGAGAAAACGAAAAUACUGAUAAUAUUAUCUACUGCAGUUUUAACCCUCAAUCAUGCUAACCAUAGCUUUCUUCUUCUAAAUUUUACUGUAUUGAAGGACAUAAAGGUCCGCUAUGCUAUUAGUGCGACACAUAUGGUGAUAUUUGGGGAAGUAGAUAUUCUUAAAUUUAUAACCGUGGAGAAUGCUAUAAAUGCGAAGAAAAUAUUGAUAAAAUUGUACUUUAUAAUUUACUAAUAUACUUAAUGAUUUCUCUUUACAUUAUUAUAAUCCUAAGAAGAAUUAUAAUGCAGCUAGAAGCUAAAGUUAAAGGAUAUUAUUUAAAUAAAUUAGAAAUUAUUUAUUUAGGGUCAACAUUAAAUUAAUCUGAUAGAUCAUAAAUUAUUUCGAAAAUUCUCACCGAUCAUUUAUAAAUACUAUCAUUAGUAUGCUCAUUUACUACAAAAAUGCCUGUUUUUUUUACUGUUCCUAUUUAAAUAUCAGGAAAUUCAGUUAGUGUGGCUAGUAAAUCUAUUGAUUGUGUUUUUUCUAAAUAUCCAAAUUUAUAACCUUUGUGGCUAUUCUAGUUUCUCUGGUCUUUUACUUUACCAGGAGGAAUACUUAUUUUUUACUUAUUUUAAGGAUUUAUUUUAAAGCGAUUACAAAUAGAUUUAUUUAUCAGGUACUUAUAAACUGCAGCUAUUUUUAUUUAUUUUUACUUUUACCCUAUGAUAAUAACUCUUGCUAUUAGAUCUUUUAAUUGUAUAACAAUAGGAGAUAAAAAAUAUUUAGAUCUAGAUUUUGGAAUUGAAUGCUAUGAUAAAGAUUAGCAUAAGCCGUACCUAUUUUUAUUUACCAUUCCUGUUAUUUUUAUAUGUGGCUUUUUAAUACCUUUAUUACUAUUCUACAAAAUUUACAAUGCUAAAUCCAAAAAAAAGUCAAUGAUUAAAUAAAUAAAAUAUUCUUUCUUAUUUGCUGGCUAUAAAAAACAAUAUUAUUAUUGGGAAUUUUGGAAAUUGUUAUAUAAAACAGGUUUGAUUUUAAUUUCUGUUUUAUUAUAGCAAAACAUCUAAUUAAAGUUUAUAACAAGUAUCUACUCUAAUAUGUACAGUAUCGAUAAAUCUUUGUAUGAUACAGAUUGGUUGUUAAGACUAAAAAUUUCUAAUCAAUAGUAGGAAAGAACAUCUUUCUAAAAUUUAAUAUUUAAACUUAAAACAAAAUAUCCUUAAUUAUUUUAUGUGGAAAUAUAAAAUAAUUAAAAGGACUCUUAUACUUCCCUAACUUCACCCUAAGAACGUUUAAUAACUUCGCCUAAAAUGAAUGAUGAAAAAGUAUAAACUCUUAAUAAAAAUAACUCUAUUAUAAGAAUGAAAAAUAAAUGGUCUUACUACACAAGAAAUUCUAAAUAAAACUCAAUAUCCAUAAAAGAUAGAACAUUCGAUAAGCAAAACUUAUUUAAUAGUAAUACAAGGGAUAGUAUUUUUUAAGAAACUGAAAGUAUAUAAAAUAAUCAAUAUAAUAGCAGCAAUAAAUUUUAAAUAUAGCUCACUCUAGAUAAAAGUUGA